AUGGAAUACAACGAUGAUGCGUCGGAUAACAAUGAGAAGGAGUCAACUGAUGAAAUGGAGGAGGAAAUGGAAUUCUUAUGGAGUGAGACUAAGAAUGGCACUUUUUCUCUUAUAAUCUCUAACAGGAAACAUAAAGAACUGGUCAAAUGGUGGCAGUGUUCAGUGAUUGUCCAGAUGCUUGGUCGUCCGAUCUCUUAUCAAUCGCUAUGCAACAAGAUCGUGUCAUUAUGGGCUCCCAAAGGUUGUUACUUGAUUGUGGACUUGGAUGAUGAAGCUCAUCUGGGCGUCAAGGACCUAUCAACGGUGGCAACAUGUAUGCGUUUCCCGAGAAUGUUGUUACACUUGUAUCACAAGUCUGUGCUGCGGCAAAUUGGGUAUAAGUUAGGCCGUCUACUAAAGAUUGACUACAAUAUCGAUCAGGAGAAGCAGGGCAAGUUUGCCUUGAUUGCUAUGCAGUUGGAUUUAACGAAACCAUUGAUUCCUUGCUUUUACAUUAAUGGUCAACUUCAGUUGGUGGAGGGUGAAAGACUCCCCAAAGUAUGUUUCACCUGUGGUAUAUAUGGCUAUGUGCAGGAGGAUUGUGGUGAUACUGGUGUAAAUCAGAAAGACAGAGAACAAGAGGAUCAUGGACAAGAGGACCCUUCCUAA